AGGCCAUGGGAUUUGGCUGUGCAGUACAGGUGACAGCAAAUCCUACCUCCCCUGCAUGUUACAUGCUGCACUGUAUAUUAUUCUUAUUAAUUCCUUUUUUAAUAAGUUAUAAGGAACAAUGUCACUGCUUGGGGCUGUUUUAAGGAAACAAGUAUUUCACUCUUUGGCAGUUUCCAGAAGCUUACCUCCCCUUAGUCCUGCAUGUCCAUGCUUUUUUAAAAACAUUCGUGGAUCAGCUACCUCUUUUUCCCAAGGAGAGGCAAUUAACUUUGAUGAUGGUAAUGCAUUUCAUCUUAAAACAAACUGGGAGAUCUUUCGAGGGCUCCUUAUUUUCCGAAUGUGCUCCUAUCCAUUCUUGGUGAACAACUCAAUGAAGCUAAUGCAGCUAACCCGCAAAGCUCUGGGCCAAAAGUUAUUUUCUGCAGUGAUGAAGGCUUCUGCCUAUGGACAGUUUGUCGCUGGAGAGACCCUCCCAGAAAUUCAACAAAGCAUGGAGAAGUUGAAAAGAAUGGGUAUCAGGCCCAUGUUAGCAGUUCCCAUUGAAGAGGAUAUUGGGGAGGACAAAGAAGGGGAGAAGUGGUAUGAUAGAAAUCUGGACACCAUGAUCCGCUGUGUUGAUAUUUCAAUAACCGGAGGAAAACGUUCUAUGAUGCAGCUGAAAGUCACAGCCCUGAUGAGUGCAGAACUCUGUAAAACCAUAACACAUCACCUAAAGGACCCUGUAACAAGGAAGAGUUUGUCUUUUGAGAGCCUUGUACGGGCCAUGGAUGGACAGACACUUCAUCUUUCCUGUUUAACAAAAGAAGAGAAUCAUCAUUUUCUGGCCUCUCUGCAACGGUUUAAUAAAAUUGGACAGUAUGCAAAGGAUAAUAAAGUCCAUGUACUGGUGGAUGCUGAAUAUACUUACAUCAACCCAGCUCUAACACUUGUCACCCUGGCAAUGAUGAUGAAAUUCAACCAAUCAGUGCCUUGGAUUUGGAACACAUACCAGUGUUAUCUAAAGGAAGCGUAUAACCUCAUUAAUGAAGAUAUUGAGCUGUCCUCCAGACUUGGUUUCUGUUUUGGUGCAAAGCUGGUGCGAGGAGCCUAUAUGGAUAAGGAGAGGAAGCUAGCCAAGGAGAAGGGAUACCCAGACCCCAUCAAUGAGAACUGGGAAGCAACAAACAGAAGCUACCAGAGAGUACUUGAUCGAAUGCUGGACCUUGUUGGAGAAAACAGUGAGAGAUAUAACAUCAUUGUAGCUAGUCACAAUGAAGCCUCAGUGAAGCAAGCCAUUAGACGGAUAGAAACCAUGAAGAUUUCAAAAGAAGGUGGAGCUGUAUGCUUUGGCCAGCUGCUGGGCAUGUGUGACCAUGUCUCCAUGACCUUAGGCCAGAAGGGUUAUGCCAUUUACAAGUCGAUUCCUUAUGGCCCGAUUGAUGAUGUCAUGCCGUACCUUGUGCGCCGAGCCCAGGAGAACCAAAGUGUCCUACUAGGGAUCCGAAAGGAGAGGGAUUUGCUCCAGAAAGAACUCAAACGAAGGAUAUUCUUUCGUGGCAGAAAAAAUGCAGAAAAUAAUGUGGACUAUACACUGCCUACAGACAAGAGAUGAAAUAUUCUCACAUUUAUUCAAAAUAAGCUUAAUAAAAUAAGCUAAAACAUGACUUUGCUAUUCAAAAUUUUAAAUCUAGGAACUCUCUGGAGGCAAGGUUAUGAUAUAUUUAAAACAAAAGCUGGUUCAGACUGGACCUUACAAUUUUAAUACAAGAUUUUAACCAGCCUGCAUUAUUUUUUUUUCAGUUACAUUAUACAAUGAGUCUGAAAUAUCUUGUUACAGUAUUAGUCAAAACAUCUUACAUGCACAUUGUAAGUGCUGCAAAAAGCUCAUAACUGAAGGGUGACAUUAAAAAUAAUAACAUUAAAUUUCAAA